AUGUCGCUAGAAGUAGAAAAUGAUAUAAUACGAGUAAAUAAUCAAUUGUGUAAUUUUUCUAAAGAUGGAAGAUUUUUUGCAACUGCAUAUCAAACGAAUUUAAUUAUAAAGAAUCAUAAAAAAUUGGAUACCAUUCACUCAUUCGUAUUUCCAGAUAUAAUCGAGUAUUUAGAAUGGUCUAAAAAUAGUGAGUAUAUUUUGUGUGCAAAUAUAAAAAAGGCUAUUAUUCAAAUAUAUUCCAUUCGUUAUCCUGAAUGGAAAUAUAAACUAAUUGAAGGUAGUGCUGGUUUAGAAAGUGUUACUUGGUCUCCUGAUAGCAAAUACAUUUUGACAUUAUCAGAUUUCAAUAUUCAGAUAUCUAUAUGGUCCUUGGAAAAUCAAAAUGUAACUCAUAUACAAAAUGUAAAAUCUUCUUUCCAUAAGUUAUAUUUUAGUCCAAAUGGCUAUAAAUUAGCAACAGUAGUUACAAAUGAAGGUAAAGAUAAUAUAGAAGUUUAUAAAACUGACACAUGGAAGCUAAACAAAGUAAGUAAUUUGAUUUAA